AUGAAAAAGACUUUUUUUAAAGAAUUCGUGGAUUUGUUGUUUAUAAGCUUGCUUACAAUAAAUCUUUGCGAUGCCUUGAACAUCGACAGGUUGAUCAGAAAUUCAUCACGCGAUAUAAUGGUAGAAAACUGGCCGAAUCAAUGGAACAAUAGCGUUAUUCCAUACGCCUUCAACUUUUUCUCGCCAAGUCCCAAACGUUUGCUUAGUCAUGUUCAAAAAGGACACAAGUAUAUAGAGGAACGUUCUUGUUUAACUUUUAAGGAGCAGGACCCCAGAGUAUUGGUGACAUUAUAUAAUUUUACUUAUAUCUACUACAGUUAUUCUGGCGUUUUAGAAAAUUGCUGUCUACCUUUUUUUUCCAAGUCUCAGCGUCGAAGGUUGGUGCUUAUUACGCCGCUGUGUACACUUCCUGCUGAAGUAGCACACGCCACAUUGCACGCUAUGGGCUUACGCCAUAAGAAACAUCGUCCAUUUUCUAAAUACGAAGUAAAACGUCUCAUGUUCUUCAACGCAUGCGACAAUUUAAAUCAGAAAUUGGACUUUUUUGAGAACAAAAUGACAAAUACAUAUUACAGUCAU